AUGGAUGCAGACACGUUUGAUGGUAUGGCAACAGGUGCGGCGGCCAGCGAUACGCCAAGACGGCCAAUUGACAACGACAGCCAGACAAUGGACGACACGCACGCAUCGGAGUCACCUCAAUGGCCCAAGAACGAAAGUGCACAAAAGGAGGUCGACCACACGAUGACUCCUCAGGCAGAAACACCAUUACACCUCUUUCUUGGCGAACUCGACUUAGAAUCCGAUGCCGAAGCCAAGCUCGCAGAGUUGUCCGCCAUUCUUGCAGCGUCACCAGAAGACAUUGAUACUCGAUCAUUGGAACCCCCCCACAAGACCCCUUUGCAGAUCGCGAUUGAGAAAGACGUUAUCCGGGCCUUCAACUUGCUGAUACAAGCUGGUGCCGAUGUCAAUGCCUUGGAUGGAGAAAAUACACAUUCAUUUUACCACGCACUUGCAUAUCCGAAUAGCCCGUACUUGAAAGUACUCUUGGAACGCGUGGGCCAAACAGAGCACCCUAACUCUAGCGGCCGGUGCUUUCUCCAUCUCUGGGGCUUUUAUCACCAAGAAGAAAGUAUAAUGCGACGUGUGUUUGAGUUUCACCGACAUUUCCUGAACGAACAAUCAUUCCCUUCACUCCAAACACCACUCAACUAUGCUGUCUAUCACGAAAAAAAGGAAGUCGUUGCUUUUUUACUUGAACAAGAGCCAGAUCUUGGUAUCGUGGAUUGGAAUGGAUGUUCGCCCUUGAUGGUGGCGCUCAGGAAAAGUACUUCCGAGAUUUUUGACAUUCUGGUUAACCAUCUAUUCGAACCUGGGAGGGAACUCACCGCGAAAGAUGUCAUCAGCCGGAACAGCAAGCUAGGAGUAUCUAUUUUCAUGGAAUUCCGCAGGUCGAGGUCUGGCGAUGAGGCAUGGGAAGCCUCUUUUGCCAAGCUUCUUGCCAACAUUCUUGAAAAUUUUCCUGACUUAGAAUUCAAUACGACCCCGGAUUACGAGGACCUUCUGGACUUUGCGAUGUUUUCGACGAAGCACUUCAAGAACAAAACCAUGAGCAAAUUCGCGUUGAGGGUCAUUGAUUGGGUACCGAAAAGAUUACUUUUCCAGAGGUUCCAGGAAGACGCUGCUUUCAUGGAUGAGCUUCUUUGCUGGCUUGCAUGUCAACAAGAGCGGCACUAUGUGGCCGUUCCCAUUCUCAAAGAACUGCAUGCUCAAGAGCAGACUGGAAAUAUCGACCAGAAUGGCUGGACGUUGGAUCACUGGGCAAUAUAUCAUAGGUUGCCUUCAGUGCUUCUACGGUGCCCGCCUUUGACACCCGACGACAAAACUCGCGGCCUGGAGAUUAUUGGUCAACUGAAAAAGUCAAGCAAAACAAAGGAGCAGCAGCCUUUCGCAAAAGACAGUGCCAGGGAAGUGAAACAAGAGAAUCAAAGCACCAGGAAUGAGGAAGGUCGUACAGAAACUCAGGCUCGAGUCCUCGACGGAAUGAAACAUAUCCUUGACUUCAUCGGCCUAGAGACAACCCUUAGAGCCAGGGAGCCCCUCAGAAUCACCAAACCGACCAGCAGCGGAAUCAAAGAUUGCUUGAACGAGUUCCAGGCAAGCAUUGUCGAAGCCCGACAAAACGAAAAUGAGUUCAGCAUGGGUACUAGAUUUAGGGGGGUCUACAAUACCAUUUAUGAUGAGAAGGAAAGUUUCACGACAAUCAGAGACGCAAUAGAACAGUUCCAAAAGUCGACUAAGAAGUUGGCUCCAAGCACCCAAGUGCCUGGGGAAGGCCUCACGUGGGUCCAUCUUCCAGCAGCCAAUAUGCCGUUUAUCUUGGCCGACUAUAAGCGACAUGAAACAAACACUAAUAGGAGAGACUUCCAAGACAUUCUAAAUGGCUACUACCAAAGCCGGGGCUCCGUCGUUCAUGAUGCACCUACACUGGACGAGCACUACUACCACUUUGCUGCAGAUGAGGAGUCUCAAAGAGACCGAGGCCACAGGAAUAAGAAUCAAGUCUUCACCAAGUACCAGCAAGAAAAUAAGACGGAAUGGUUAAUCACAUCCGCUUCCUGUGCCGAAAUCGACAACGAGAGAACAAUUACGUUUAUCAACUCUAUCGUCGACCACCUUCGCACUCAAGUUGAAGAGGGUAGUCGUGAACGUGGCCCGAAUUCUGCUGCAGAGCUGAGCAAAUCCAUUGCCGAGUACUGCGUUGGGACUUAUGACAGACAACAAGAGGUCCAGAAAUCGAAGUCUGACAAGAAGAAUGGAAAUCAACAAAAUCUCGCGAUGGAUGUCACGAAGGACAAUGUGUCUACUGACAAAAGCGGAUCGACCACGAGGCAUGAAGCCGAAACUAGCGAGAUAUCGAUCCGCCAAACCUUUUCUAAUUUCAUCAACCGAAUUGGAAGACAAGAAGCCGACUUAUAUGGCCAGUUUUCUGGCUAUACAAGGACUUUGAGGCAAGAGGAAGAGACUAGCAGUAGUCACGGCAACCCAUUGACAACCGAGGAAGCAGUCAAGAAGGCAGCCCAGCUUUUGUUCGAGAUCAAAGAUGUCCGUGACGAGUUGAACAUACUCAGAACCGUUGCCGAAUUUCAACGGAAGGUUCAGUCGCGCAUGGAUGGCAGAGAGCCUGACGCGAUCAGCACUAUGUUGGAUGCAGACCUAACAGCUGCAUAUGUCAGAAAUGACAUUGAUGAAAUGGACAAGCUUGCUGGGAGGAUUAGAGAUGCUUUGCAUACCACCAUCACACUUCACGAGAGUGAGAUUUCUCUAGACCAGGGGAAAAGGGUGAUGAUGUUUACGGUGAUUACUGCUUGGUUUUCAAAGGAAAGAGACAGGAAACCUCACAGUGGGCAGCGCAUCAGCCGCCAAUACAAGGCGAAACGGGCUUUGGCGAUCUUUGUCCGGGGUGAGACAUCGAGGAAGCAGAGGCCGUGA